UUUCUUCUUCAUUAAUUUCAUAGCAAAUGCAAAGUAUUAUUAUAGUAUUUUCAUCUUUAGCUAUCAAUAGAAAAAAACGAAAAAUUGGACAAAAGUAUACAGUCUUGAAGAAGUAUAUCAGUCCCAUGCAUCCUCUUAGCAAACAAGACCACCUUCAUAAACAUUUUUACGUAUAACAAAUUAAAAAAUCACCCAAGACUCUCUUUAUUCGAUUCUAAACAGUUCUCAACAUGCCGGAAGCUUCUCGCCGCUCAAAACCUCUCGCUGUCACUAUCUUCAUGGCGCUCGCGUUUCCGAUGAUGAUCAACGCAUUGGAUUCUUCAUCCGCAAGAAAACUCGACGAGGAACCAAUAAAAUGCACGCCUUGUCUCCAAAAGUCUCCUCCUCCUCCGUCACCUCCACCACCGUCUCCUUCUUGUCCUCCUCCACCACGGCCUCCUACUCCCCCGAAGACGUCUUACUGUCCGCCUCCUCCGUCAACUUACAUAUACAUGACGGGUCCACCAGGAGAGUUGUAUCCCGUUGACCAACAGUUUGGAGCGGCUGCUGCAAAGAGCUUUAGGGUCGUGAAGGUCUCUGGUCUGAUCGCGUUUGGAGUUAUGAGUUUCUUGAUGAGCACAUGACUUAAUGGAUUUUCCAUCGUUAGUUCAUCUUUAUUUUUCGCUAUACCAGAAUAUUCAUAUACCAACAAUUCUAAUGAAUAUGCUUAUUUAUUUAUUUUGUGUUUACAGAGGUAUUUAUUCUAGAAGUAUGUGAUAUAUCCUCAAAAUGGAAUGUUUGUUGAAUGGUUAAAUAAAAUGUUUUUUCUUAA